ACCACGAGUCUUUCGGCUCAUGUCCCUAUUUGUCGUCUGCUACCACUGCCAGCAUGCAUCCGAUUGGACAGACAUGUCUACAAUAUGCUAUGGCAUGCUGGGUGCAUUGUGCCCAUAUCCACCUCAUCGUUGAUACUGCCGCUGCAUGCCUGUAUAGAAUACUGACAUCGCCUGUGAAGUGGCUCGCAUCAUGAAAUUAGCUCUACCUGAGAACGCGAAGAUCGCGAAGGAGGCCAAGGAGUGUAUGCAGGAAUGUGUGAGCGAAUUCAUCUCGUUCAUCACCAGUGAAGCUUCCGACAAAUGCCAGCAGGAAAAGCGUAAGACGGUCAACGGAGAGGAUAUUCUUUUCGCCAUGACCUCACUCGGUUUCGAAAACUACGCAGAGGCACUGAAGAUCUACCUAUCGAAAUACCGCGAGACCCAAUCCGCGAGAGGAGAGCAUCAGAACCGUCCGACAAGCAGUGGGUACAAUGCCGGCGGCCCCGUAGGAGGCCCUCCCGGCGCCGCUCCAUCCGGACGGCCAGUUGCAGGCUUCCCUGAUACCACGGAUGCUGCCAAUAACAUCAUCAACCCAAGCUUGGACCCCUCUGAGCAGGAUGCUUCCGCCUACGGCUACCCUCCCAUGGUCGGCCAAGCCCACAAUGGCACUGGCGGUGAAUCCUACUAGAGUAAGCGUAUAUGUGCAGGAGAACCAUCCAACU